CACAGGUAGCCGUGCUCCUCCCACAGGUUCCAACCCUCGCUGGCCCUGCCAGCCCCACCCCUUACAGGUCUCCCUGCCUUCUCAAGCCCUGUAGCCCCGCCCCUCAAGGCACGCCCAGUUUCUCAACGGCCCUCUGCCCCGCCCCUCGCAGGGCUCACAGCUCCGCCCCUCGCAGGGCUCCCCGCCUCCCAGCCCUUCUGUUCACAGCCUGCUAGGUCUCCUGAGGUCUCCCGGCCGCCUCGGCCCCUCCUCUCCAACCUCCCCUCCCAAGACCCCUCUUCCUCCGCGCUCCCUCCUCCCCAGCUCCCUACCCAGGCCCCUCCUCCUCAGCCUCCCCUCCCACAGCCCCUCCUCCCCAGCCUCCCCGCCCAUGGCCCCUCCUCCCCAGCGCCCAUCCCAGGCCCCUCCUCCCCAGCCUCCCCUCGCGCGGCCACUCCUAGAGGCCUCCGUCCCACCCCCGCCGCGGUCCUCAGGCCUCAUUGGCCCUUUAUCUCCCCAGUAACCAGGCCACAACAGUGAGCUUGGAGAACCAAGGACAGGUCAGGCACUCCAGCAGGUAGGGACAGGGCUCGCUCCCCACAGCCGGCCGGGGUUUCCUUCUCCUCCGUGUCUCCUUCCCCCAAACAGCCACGCCUCAGAGAUACCGAGAGCCCAGGGGACCUGCCCCCGUGCCAGAGUCAGAGUGGAAACACAAGACAGAGAAUAUGAGAGGUGGGAGGUCGGGAGGGAUGUGGGGAGAGGCCUGAGAGGUGCUCCCCUACAACUCAUUGGAGGCAUUCUGGAGGCAUUGAGACUCAAAGAGAGGCCAGAGUUGGUUCCGGGGUCACCUUCCGAUUGCCUCGCGGUCCGUCCCCACCCUCCUUCCGGUGCCCUCCUGCUCUCUGUCUGAAGGGGUUCCUGUGUCGCCCCUACAGGAGCCCCCCCCCCCCCCCCCCCCCGACCUUAGGCCAAGAUGCCUUUGGGACUCUCUGCAGGGAGCACCCGCUCCGAGGAUGGAACCGAGGCCUUCCUGGAAGGAAUGGCGGAUUGGGAGCUGAGCCGACUGCGACGGCAGUGCAAAGUGAUGGAGGGAGAGAGGCGGGCUUACAGCAAGGAAGUCCACCAGCGCAUCAACAAGCAACUUGAGGAGAUCCAGCGCCUGGAGGGGGUGCGGGAUAAACUUCAGGUGCAGAUCCGCGUGGCCCAGAGCCAGGUCAAGCGGCUGCGGGACAGCGAGAGGCUGGAGAACACGGGUCAUCUGCUGAAGUGUCGGGUCCGGGUGCAGGCCGAGGUCAAGGAGCUACAGGAGCAGACCAGAGCCCUGGACAAGCAGAUCCAGGAGUGGGAGACCCGGAUCUUUAACCACAGUAAGGAUAUCAAGGCCCCGGGACUCGUCCUGGAUCAGAAGGUCAAGAUCCGGCGAAGGAUCAAGAUCCUAGAAGACCAGUUGGACAGGGUCACCUGUCGCUUUGACAUCCAGCUGGUGCGGAAUGCGGCCCUGCGGGAAGAGUUGGAUCUCCUGCGCAUUGAGAGGAACCGCUAUCUGAAUAUGGACCAUAAGCUGCAGAAGGAAAUCAGCGCCCUGCGACACACGGUCAGCGCCCUAAUGGUCUCUUCUGUGGCCGCCUACACCGUCAGGGAGGAGGCAAAGACCAAGCUGGGCCUGCUGCGGGAGAGGGCGGAUAAGGAGGUGGCCCAGAACGAGACGGAGCUGCAGACCCUGCGUCGGCACAUAGCGCACCUCGACCAGUUCCACCGCUUCCUCAAGCUCAAGAACGAUGAGCGGCAGCUGGACCCCGCCGUCGUGGACAAGCGCGAGAAGCGGGCCCGGGAGGUGGCCGAAGGCCUCCGGAAGACGUCCCAGGAGAAGCUGGUGCUGCACUGCGAAGAUGCCAUGAACAAACUGUCCCAGCUGACUGGGGAGAGCGACCCGGACGUGCUGGUGGAGAGGUACCUGGAGAGGGAGGGGCGCAACUUCGCGGAGUUCACCUUCAUCAACGAGCAGAACUCGGAACUGGAGCGCCUGCAGGAGGAGAUCAAGGAGUUGCAGGAGACCUUGGCGAGCACCCGCCAGAGCGAGGAUAACCUUCGCGAGCUACGAGAGCAGCAGCGAAGGGCCCUGCAGCAGCGAACCGACGAGGUGCGCGCGGAGGCCGACCAGGUGGAGGCCCGCUUCCAGGACCUUCGGGGACAGCUGGAGAAGCUCAAGGCCGACAUCCAGCAGCUCUUCACCAGGGCCCAGUGUGACAACACCAUCAUCAAGGACCUCCUGGGGGUCAAGACCCACAUGAGAGACCGGGACAUCAGCCUCUUCCUGGGCCUCAUCGAGAAGCGGCUGGUUGAUCUCUUGACGGUGCAGGCCUACGUAGACGUCCGGGUGGAGACCCCCACCCCCUCCAGCUUGGCUACCGCUGCCCUCCUGGUUCUGGGCCAGAGCCCCGAGGAUCUUCCAAAGAAGCUGGCCCCGCCGCAGCUCCCUGACAACCCGGACGACCUCCCAGGCUUCGAGGCCAAAGACGACUAUCCGAUGAGCAAGGAAGAGCUGCGCAGCCAAGUGACGCAGUUGCUCGAGGCGCAGGAGCAGCAAGAGAAGGAAUUAGCCGAGGCCUUGAGGAAGGUCAACAGCAACCUGAGCGUCUCCAGCCUCCCCAGCAUCCAGAGGGUCAGCUCGGGCUCACCCCUGACGACCGCCAAGAGCCCCAGCGGGGUCCCCGGGUCCAUCCUGAGCCAGAGGACUAGUGGCGUCCUGGCAUCCAGUGGAGACCGCACCACGAGCACCAACGUCGGCCGCGUCGCCUUGGGAGAACCCGGCUCCAGCACGGGCCGCGUGACCUUCGGUUCUGCCAGCGCCGUGGGGGCGCCCGUGUCCAGCCGGGGCUCGACUGGGGGCCGCGUGACCUUCAGAACCCCCAGCUCUAGUAGCUACCUGGGCUCCACCGGAUACUUGAGGUCCAGCGGAGGCCAGGACAGCCCCGCGGGUGCGGAGAGCAGGGGCACCGGGUCAGAGUCAAGCGCAGGCCCCGGGACCGGCACCAGCAAAGACUAGCGGCCCGCCCCCCGCCCCCCUCCUUGCCCUUGGCUCCCUGCAGGCCCUUCUCUGCCUUGAGAUUUCCCCGCGACCCUCCUGGUUCCAGGCCCUCUGUGAGUCUUUGCUCUGCAUCUGUCUGCCCCUGCCCUUCCCGUUGUCCCUGUGUCCAUCCGCUGGCUGUCGUCUGCUCAGCGAUGUCUCCUGGUCCCUUUCUCUCUUUCCAAACCCCGCCCCCCCAUUUCCCUUCCUGUCUCCCCAUUUCCUGUCGUCUUGGCUUCCCAUUCAGUGUGUGUUUCUGUCUCCUGUUCACAUCUCUGCCCCCAUCACUGCUGGUCCCCCGCCUCCCCUGUCCUGUGUCUGCUUCCCCACUUCUAAUUCCCUCUCCUGUCUCUACCUGCCGGGCUCUCCUUGUGCCUCAUGACCCUGUCUCUGCAGCUCCUCGUUCCUCGUCCUCCCCCCGGAGCCCCAAGACUGCCCCCCCCCCCCAGGACUGGGCAGCAGGGGAAGACUUGGAGGAAAGAUGUCAGGGUCAGCAUGAGCUGCGACCCUAGAAAAUAAAGGUCAGAGCCUGUUACCCCAGCCCAGUUACAAGUGUAUAUGUGGGCGACCAGGCUGGACACAUGGCGGUUCCCUUUACCUCUGGCCCAGGGGGAAAUGUAUGACCUUUGUCCCUACUCCCUGCAAUUCAUUCAUUCUUAUUUAUUUA